AACCAAAUAUUUCUCUCUGUUCUUCUUCACUGUUCUAGUUCAAAAUUUAACCCUAACAUUUUUUUUUAUCAUCAGGACAUAUGAUGGUCCAAUCGAUUUAAAAGCCAAGACGGGAAUAUCGAUGUUCCACUUCGUGAUUACUAUCGAACCGUUGGUUCUCUCCUUGAACAGAAACUUUCAGCUGUGAUGUCUGAGCUUCGAUCUAUCAAGGCGGAUGUUUAUCGUGGAGUGACAGAAUUGAAUAAAGCUUAUUAUCAUUCACAAUCUGCUGAUUCGACUAACCAGAAAAUUACGUCUGACCUGGAGACUAGUCAGCUGUACCCAACUGGCAGAAGCGCAUCUCAGGCCUCAUCAAGGCACAACAACCUUUUUUCAAGGCACAACAACAGUUUUCAGACUGUUUCAUCAAACAACAUGCACACUGAGAUGCAGUUUCAAAAGAUAUCAUUCAUCCUACUUCCUCCAAAAGAGGAAACAUUGUCCAGGCGUCCAAUUUUUGGCCCAAAUGGAGUUGAUAAGUCUACAAUGGACACGGUUCUUCCCUUGGAUGAUGGUAGAUGGUCAAGAUCUGCAGAGGAAUCAUGUUCUAGUGGUAUCAUCAUAAAAGAGCUUCUUCAAGUGAAUAAGAUCAGGCAACCUUUGCCACCACCAGUUCUUGCCGAGCUGAAGCAGCAUGAUCCAUCACAAGUUGCUGAUCCAAGACCAGGACCAGCAAAAUCUAUGCAGGAUGAGAUAUUCGACUCUAAUUCUUAUCAGCAUUUACACAUCCCUGCAAAUAUGAUGGAAGGUUUCUUGAGGUUGGCCCUAGAAAAUACAAAGAAAAAUUUAGAAACAUGUGGAGUUCUUGCUGGUAAAAUGGAAAACAGAGUAUUCCAUAUUACCACACUGAUAAUUCCAAAGAAGGAGGCAACUUCAGAUUCCUGCUUGGCGAUGAAAGAAGAAUUAUUAUUUGAGUUUCAAGAUAAGCUCUCCCUUUCCCCCCUUGGGUGGAUUCAUACACACCCUUCACAGACUUGCGCUAUGUCUUCGGUCGAUCUUCAUACACAGUACGCAUACCAGAUAAUGUUACCUGAAGCUAUUGCGAUUGUCAUGGCCCCUUCAGAUACUUACAGACAGCAUGGGAUAUUCCAUUUAUCUGAUCCUGGGGGUGUCUCCUUGAUUCGUCAUUGUCAACAACGUGGCUUUCAUGCACAUGAGGAGCCUUCUGACGGUAGUCCUAUUUAUGAGCAUUGUUCACAUGUUUACAUGGAUCCUAAAUUGAAGUUCGAGAUUGUGGAUCUUCGCUGAGGUCAAAGCUCAGUUUUUAGUAAUAACAACAGUAAAUAUUAAAUGUUUGUUCUUGACAAACUUACAUAGAAAGUGUGAAGUUAAGACACACUUGACACUGGAAUCGUGGAUCCAUUUGGAAACUUCGUUAUCAACUCUGUAUACACAUUCCACACUGAACUGAAGAAAUAUAUAAAACAGUGAACUGAUUUUUAUUCCUACAGUUUAAGCUGUUAUGAACUGCUAUUUACUUUCAACAUUUUUUUUUGCGUUAUAUGUAUAUGCAGCAGGAUCAUGUACAA